AUGCUUCAUCCUGUCUCCAACAUUCAGACCAGAGAAAAUGAAAUUUGGAAAAAGACAAAGUUCGAGUGGAGUGGAGUUUCCUUUAAUUCAUCUUUUGAGGACCAGUCUCAUGAAGUCGAUUUGUCUACACCUCCAGUUAACGGAACCAAAGAAGGCGGUACAGGUCCACCACCUCCACCACCAGCUUCAAAAGGAGGCGGUAUUGAGCAUAGGCGAGCAUAUUACUGUGAAGUAAUGCUUUCAAAGGUGAAGACACCAUUGCCUGAAUUGAUGGAACAUGUCCUUAAUUUCGAUGAAUUAGCAAUGGAUGUUGAUCAGGUGGAUAACCUUAUAAAGUUCUGUCCUACAAAGGAGGAUAUGGAACUACUUAAGGGCUAUCAAGGAGAAUAUGAAAUGUUGGGCAAAUGUGAACUGUUCUUCUUUGAGCUAAUGAAAGUUCCACGUGCAGAAGCUAAGCUCACAGCUUUCUCUUAUAAGUUACAUUUUAGUACACAGCUUAUUAGUUCUAUAAAGUUGAGGAGAGUCAUGCAGACAAUUAUUUCUCUUGGAAAUGCUUUGAAUCAGGGAACUACAAGAGGUGCUGCUGCUGGGUUCAGACUGGACAGCCUUUUAAAAUUAAAUGAAACACGUGCCAGGAGCAAUAAAAUGACUCUCAUGCAUUAUCUUUGUAAGGUCCUUGCAGACAAACUGCCUGAACUGCUAGACUUUUCCAAGGAACUUGGCAGCUUGGAGCCUGCAUCAAAGAUACAACUAAAAAUCUUGGCAGAAGAGAUGGCAGCGAUUAGAAAUGGACUAGAGAAAGGAGUCCAAGAAAAGAAAUUGUGUAAAAGAGACGGAUAUGUGUCUAAAAAAUUUCGGAAGGGGAAAAGUGUUGAUGCUUUUAUUAUUUACUUUGGAGAAGACCCUAGAAAAUGCUCGUAUGAAACAGUUGUUGAAAUUUUGCUUAAGUUUGUGAGAAUGUUUAAUCAAGCCCAUGAUGAAAACUGCAAGCAAACAGAGGCAGAGAAAAAGGCGGCACAAAAUGUAGCUGAACAAGAAAGAUUAAAGGCAGAAGGGAAAAAAAUGUCAAAAGUACAAAAUCAUUCAAAAAUGGAGUCAGAACUAAUAAGAAAUAAAACUCCUAUAGAAAGUGUCGAUAACUUUUUUUGCUUUUCCCCUUUCUAUGUAAUUAAAAAUUGGUGGAAAAAUAGAAGCGACUUACUGGUUGCAGCUUCCAGUGCAUGUGUUCCAGCCUUUUUUGAUGAAAAAAAUGGUAAUGAUCUGGUGUUGGUUGAGGAAGAAGAAGGGUUCCAGCUGAUAGUGCUGGAGGAUCACCAGACUGAAGGUUAG